AUGUCUGACGCAUUAAAGAAUGUUAUUGCUCAGAGUCUGGAGUGUCCUGUAUGUCUGAAUACCUUCAUCGAUCCGAAGAUCCUGUCAUGUUCUCACACCUACUGCAAGACCUGUCUGGACAGCCUUUUGGAAUUUCAUGGUAAUGACCAGAUGCUCCUAUGCCCUGUCUGCAGAGCUGAAACCCAGGUCCCAAACCAAGAUGACAAGCCCCAAGCUGUUGUCUACUGUCAAGACUGUGGCAAAUACCUCUGUGAUACUUGCCACAACACACACUCUCAGUGGCAAGACUUCAUCGGUCAUGAGGUCUUAGCCAUGGGUGAGAUCGUAUCAGGGAAGGUGUCAGUACGUAGAUACCGUAAAUGCAGGAAACACCCCAAAGAGGAUGAGGAGUGCUUCUGUUCCGACUGCAGGAGAUUCGCCUGCUUCAGGUGUGUUGUCAUGGAGCAUUCAAAGGAAGGACAUGGGGUCAUCGAUGGAGCUGUUUUUGAAAGCAACCAUAUGAAGAGUAUCGAGGACUUCAAAUCUAAGGCGAGCAAGAAACGCUCUUGCUUUCAAAAAUACGUAGAUUUCAUUGAUGAACAGAAAGAGCGUGUGAGCAAUGUUCGGAAGCAGUGUACAGAUGAUAUCAACAAAGCAUAUGAAGAAUCAAUCCGGCAGUUGACAGAGAAGAAAGAAAUCCUCAUUGGUGAAGUCAAGGGUAGGACCGAAGGAGUAGAGAAAGAACUGGAAGAAAUGAAGAAAUCGGCUCAGGAGCACAUCACUCACUUGACCACCAUAGCUGACGUGGUAACCAAUAUGACAAAGAUACCGUUAGAUAUGGAUGCUUUGGCUGCACACGACACUCUAUGUCAAGACUUACAAGAGGCUUUGAAACAAGAAGAUCCUGACUACAGGCAGCCAAUCCAAUCGAGCAGGAAAGGAAAAAGUGUCAGUUUUCAGAGAAACGUUGGAAAAGACGAGCUAGGUCUCGGUAAGAUUGCAAAUGCAGUACUUGCAAAGAACAUCGCUUUGCCUACUAAGGAUAGCAUGAGUGCCAUGGUUGGUACACCAGACGGUAGGAUGGCAGUGGGAUGUAGCACAGGUGGCUUGGAGAUCUUCUCUGCUGAUGGUCAGCACCAGCAGACAGUUUUCAAGGAUGUUAAGAUUCAUGGAGUAGGGUUCCUCUCUGAUGAUCGGUAUGUUAUACUUGAUCCCUCAAACAAUAUCACACUGUACACAUUCGAGUACACAAAGUUGAAUGUAAUGUUUGCGACUCUGAGUGCCGGUGUAGGUGGAAUGGCUAAGCUCACUGUAGACAGUGAUGACGAGAUCUAUGUUAGCUACAGGAAAGCCAUGAAGAUCCAGGUAUUCUCACCAGCAGGUGGGAAGGCGAUCAGGGAGAUAUGUGAUGGGUAUACACCUCUGCAGACUACUGGUUAUAAUGAUCACCUGAUCAUCACAUCCUGGGAAACAAUACGAUUGACUGACAAACAAGGUGUUGUUAAAUAUAAAUUAACGAAACCGGGUUACCGUCCAUACGCUGCUGUGUCUCAAGGUAAUACAAUCCUGAUUGCGAAGGUAAAAGACCGCGUAGGUUUGGUCAGCAUUGAUGAGUACACUAACGAGCUGAAGCAUAUCAAGAACCUCGUCAUUGAUUACAAGCCUGAGAAGCCCGAAGAAAACUGGUACUAUAUCCAGCAGUACCGGUCAGGUGAGAUCGCUUUCUGCACUCCUGAUAGACUUUAUAUAUUCCACUGA